AUGAAUAUGAAGCAGCGCAGUGACUCUCCCGUCAAGCAUGGCGCUCCUCCAACAGAGGAGCCAGUCUCCCCUCUCUACACUAAGAUGGCCAUCCUCACGCAUUCCCUCAUCUUCAUGUACUCAACUGCCUUCUGGAUUCAAGUUGGAGUGAUGCCAUUCCUGUCCAAGAGCCUCGGGGCAGACCCUGUCAUGUUCGGCUAUAUGGAGACAGUGUUUGCAGUCGCCAUGUUGCUAGGAGGGCCAAUAUUUGGUCGGUUUGGUGAUCUGUUUGGAGCUCGCUCUGCUCUGCUGGUAGCCUUCUUCUCCUCCCUCCUCUCAUACCUCACUCUGGCGUUGGCCCACUCUAUACCUGCUCUGUUUCUGUCCAGGAUAUUUGCUUUCAUGAUGCACGCCAUGCACGGUGCCCAGAUGGUCAUGACGGAUGUGUCCUCUGCUAAGCAACGAGCUGAUGCUCUGGGCAAGCUGAGUGUGUCUUAUGGAGUAGGGAUGGUUGUCGGGCCAACGCUCGGAGGUUAUAUAGUAACAUGGUUCUCUAUGAAUUCUGCCGCAGCUGUGGCCGCAGGUCUGUGCCUUGUCUCUAUGGCAACAGUGCUAGCCUUUAUUCCAGCCACUACCAAAGACCAAGCUAAGAUAUCUCGCUCUGAUACCAAAGUGCACGACUCUGGUGGAGUGUUGGACUUGUCAGCCAUUCUCUCUCUACUCAAGAUACCCUCUGUGCUCUUCAUUGUGGUGCUCAAGGCAGCAGUGGGUGUACCAGCAGGGGUCUUCCAUGCCAUGUUCACUAUGGUCAACCUAGAGAGGUUUGAGCUCACUCCCGAGUCCAAUGGACGAUUGCUCAGUUAUGUGGGCGUCCUCACCAUGAUCAUGCAAGGCUUUGGUGUGGGCUACUUCUCCAAGAGAUUGAGUGACAGUGUCUUGCUCAGACUAUCCAUUGCUGUCAUGACUCUCUCCUAUCUUCUACUAAGUUUUGCUAAUACAAUAGUGAUGCUGUGUUUGGUUAUGAUCCCCAUGGUCAUGUCUGGAGCCCUACUCAACACCAUAGCCAGCAGUACCAUCACUAAGAGUGUACCAGAGACAGCUACUGGGACAUCCCUUGGUUUGAGCAUGGCCACUCACUCCAUCAUACGCACUGUGUCCCCUACUCUGGGAGGAUACAUGUACUCCAUGGUGGGAUACGCUAGCUUUGGUCUGCUUGGGUUCGUCAUGAAUGGAAGUGUUGCCCUCUACCUAGCAGUCCUGGGAGGAGACAAACUAACUGCUGUAUUGGGCUAGCCACUCACUCUCGUAUUUGAACAGUAGCAAUAUAAUUAUGCAGUUAUAAAACAUGCAAUUUUAUGCAAUGAAUAUUUGAUUGGCCAUAA